GUUCUGGCUUUGUGCCAUUUACUAUUAGGCUUCAGAUUUAACCACAUCUUUUGCUUAGACGUCUAGAGCUAAGCUAGAAGUUUUGGCUGAGAUACAAGGAGUGAUGAAAAACACAUGAGCAGUAACAAGUUUCUUAACAUCAUUCUUCAGUACUCAGAUAGACUAAUCCACAGAAGCAGUUUAUUCAAGUAGCACCCAGACUGCCAGGAGCAACAGGAACUUUAAAGUAAUUUUUAGAAACCAUUUUACUAUUUACUGCUCAUUUUAUACAGACUUGAACCUGAGUUCGGUAUAGCAAAGAACUGGAAUACUUUUUCUCAGGUGGAAUAUUCUUUUAAAAGGACUUGACAGUCUUGAAAGAAACGGAAGGAGUUUCUCUGUUUGCAGGAGAGCUGUGUAGCCAGCAGGGGGCUUCACUAAUAGAAAAGCCCAUUAUUUUGCACAAUUUCUUCCUCUUCCUGAAGCUCCCAAUGCCAACUUCCAUAGAUUUUUGGAAGGUCUGCCAACCUUCUGGAGCAGACAGAGGGCACAUGUGGAAGUGAAUCACAUGGGAGUGCUCUCCAGGAUGAAAAUCUCUAUCGGUUGGAUUCAACCCUUUGCAGACUCUGAACCCUGAAGACAUGAAAGAAUGUGUGCUUUUCCUUCUGUUGGCUUUAUGUUCUGCAAAGCCUUUCAUAAGUCCUUCAUACUUCAAUUUUAAGAAUGUAAUGCUAAUGGAUAUGGAAGACCUUGAUGAUGACGACGAUGAUGAUGACGAUGACAAGGAUGAUGACAAGGAUGAUGAUAAUUCUCUUUUUCCAACUGGACCUUCCAUAAUACCUUUCGACUUAUUUCCAGUGUGUCCUUUUGGAUGUCAGUGCUACUCCAGAGUUGUCCACUGCUCUGAUUUGGGUCUGACUUCAAUACCAAAGAAUAUUCCAUAUGACACUCGCAUGAUAGACCUUCAAAACAACAAAAUAAAAGAAGUCAAAGAAAAUGAUCUCAAAGGACUCACAUCAUUAUAUGCACUUGCAUUGAACAACAACAAGAUAACCAAGAUCCACCCCAAAGCCUUUCAAUCAACAAAGAAGUUGCGGCGCCUCUACUUAUCUCAUAAUCAUUUAACUGAAAUUCCAGCCAAUCUGCCAAAAAGCUUAGCUGAGAUAAGAAUUCAUGAUAAUAAGGUUAAAAAAAUACACAAGGAAGCAUUUAAAGGAAUGAAGUCUUUACAUGUUUUGGAGAUGAGUGCAAAUCCUCUUGAUAAUGAAGGAAUAGAACCUGGAGCUUUUGAAGGUGUGACAGCAUAUCACAUAAGAAUUGCUGAAGCUAAAUUAACAUCUAUUCCUAAAGGGCUGCCAUCUAGCCUACUGGAACUCCACUUAGAUGACAACAAAAUUUCUGCAGUUGAGCUUGAAGAUUUUAUUCGCUAUAAAAACCUUCAAAGAUUGGGACUGGGAAACAACAAAAUUAAAGAAGUUGAAAAUGGAAGCUUUUCUAAUAUACCAAACAUACGAGAAAUACAUCUAGAAAAGAACAAACUGAAGAAAGUGCCUUCUGAUCUUCCAAACCUGAAGUAUCUGCAGGUAGCCUUCCUUCAUUCAAACAGUAUUUCCAAAGUGGGAGUGAAUGAUUUCUGUCCAACAGGAGGAAGACUGAAGAAGACAUUAUACAGCGGCAUUAGCUUAUUCAACAAUCCUGUAAAAUAUUGGGAUAUCCUACCAGGAACUUUUCGCUGUAUAUUAAACAGAAACAGUGUGCAGAUUGGAAACUAUGGAAAAUAAGAUUCCAUAUCCAGAAUAUAAUUGAAACAGAAAAGUUAAACCCAGCUUUAGAAUACUUGAAAUCUGAAGAGGGACAAUUUUAUAUCAUCCAAUAACUUUAGAAAAUACCUACAAUUAUUUCAAAACCUUUAAACAAAGCUCUUCUGAUUUAUUCUUUUAAAUGUACAAAUCAUGUUAUUAAGCAAACGUUUUAAAAUAGAAGCCUUCCAAAACACAAAACUAGAAACUAUCAUUAAUCGUUUCCUAUUGUUGUUGCCCAAGCUAUCUGUGUUGACUGGCUUUUAAAAAAUCAAAAUGCAUAUUAUUCUGAUUCAACUUUUAUGUGCAAAUGCUUCCUGUAUAAAUAUUUAUCAGAUUUCAAGGAAGCAAUUGUAAACAUUUAAGUUAACAAAAGUAAAUUAAACUGGCUAAGAAGACAUUUUAAA